AUGGUUAUGAGUCUUUUAGAGUAUGUUGUGUGGCUUCAGCUUCUCGUUUAUGUUCUCGCCUAUAUACAUUCAAGUUUUAAUCCUUACCCCCCAUUUAACUCUGUUAAAGAUAUUGUAUGUCAACGUUCUAGGCCUAUAUACAUUCAAGCUUUUUCCUCUUCUUAUUCUUCUGCUCCUUCGAUUCCUUCAUCUUCUUCGUCUCAAAACUGGGAGUACGAUGUCUUUCCCAGCUUCCACGGGAAAGAUGUACGCAAAGCCUUUCUCAGCCACGUUCUAAAGGAGUUUGGAAGAAAAGCAAUCAACUUUUUUGUUGAUAACGAGAUCAAGAGAGGAGAAUUCAUCGGUCCUGAACUCAAACGUGCGAUCAAAGGAUCUAAGAUUGCUCUUGUCUUGCUCUCCAAGAAUUACGCUUCUUCGUCAUGGUGUCUUGACGAAUUGGCGGAGAUAAUGAAGCAAGAGUCUGGUCAAACGGUGAUUACCAUUUUCUAUGAAGUAGAUCCAACGGAUGUGAAGAAGCAGAAGGGAGACUUUGGGAAGGUCUUCAAAAAAACUUGUAAAGGUAAAGACAAGGAGAAGAUUAAGACUUGGAGGAAAGCUUUGGAGGAUGUGGCCACAAUCGCAGGUUACCAUUCAAGCAACUGGUUCGUGUUCUUGAUUUAGCUUUUAAUAUUUCUAACUCAUCAUACUAUGUAGCAUACGAAACUGUAUGUAUACAAGAGAUUCAUAACUUUUGAACGUGUAUGUUAGUUCUUAGUGAUUAUUUAUUAACAAGAUGUAUGUAUGAA